AGCGGGCCUCUCACUGCUGUGGCCUCUCCCGUUGUGGAGCACAGGCUCCGGACGCGCAAGCUCAGCAGCAAUGGCUCACGGGCCCAGCCGCUCUGUGGCAUGUGGGAUCUUCCCGGACCAGGGCACGAACCCGUGUCCCCUGCAUCAGCAGGUGGACUCUCAACCACUGUGCCACCAGGGAAGCCCCCUCGAUUAUUGUUUAUGUAUGGAAAUUUCCCCCUGAGAAGGCAUGUGUUUCAAUUUAGAGGUAAUGUCCAUGAUACAAAAUAGUGAAAACUGAUUCAUUUGGGGAUGAAACUUGUAACUCUUACCCAAUUGGCAUCAUCCUCUAACCUACAGAGUUAAAUGCAAUAGAACAACAACUCUCCAGGUGCUUUUAAACUCUGCCUUCAUUUCACAGUCCAGCUCAUUCUCUUAUUUUGUUAAGAAGCAAUGUGGUAUGACUGGGAUAAGGAAGAAAAAGAAAAGCAUGUUGUCACUUAAGUGAGACUGCCUCAGAAAUGUUACCAAGUCAGGGUUGGGUGUUUCCUGUCCUUUGGAAGAGAACAGGCCUAAAACAGUACCUUCCUCAUCCUAUAGCUACAAGGAAGGCACCAUGAUUGAGAUUACAGAUGCUUCCUUAACUGAUUUUUAAUCAAGUGUAAAUUUAAAUACUCAGCAAAAGGAUGGGAAUGAAAAAAUGCUGUAGUUUUACAGGAUCUAUUUCAUGUAAACUUUGUGUCUUGGAACAAAAUAUGAACUACCUAGAGAAUGAUAUUGGAAACUCAGUGGGAGGAACAGUUAUAGAAUCAAAGACCUAUAUUUAAAUUUUGAACCUAGUUAUUAGAUUUUGUGCACAUUAUUUAAUUUCCUUAAGCCUCCAUUUCUUAUGUAAAAUGAGGAAACUAUCUUGUAGAAUUAUUCUAAAGAUCAAAUAAAGGCUUUAAAGCUGUUAGCAGUGUCUGGCCUAGGGUAGAUGCUUAAUGAAUGGCAGCUAUAUCAAUAAUAAUAACUUAAUAUUAUUGAAUAAUUUACCAGGCCAAGAAAGAAAAGGACAUGGGGAGCACAGAGAGGGUGAUAGUAAAAUGAACUGAUUAUAAGUGUGUAUAAAUAGAUUCCAUCAGGCAGGGGUGUCAUGAGGAUCAGCGUGAUAAUGACCUUGUCAAGUGCAAAAGCAAAACAAUGACAUGAAAACAAGUACACUAGGCCCUGAGUGGAGGAGAGAGUUGGAGGCAGACGCUGCAGGACAGAAAGCCGAGUGAAAAGGGGCCUUUGAUUCCACAGGCACAGAAAUCCACAGCCAGGAAUUUGCUGCCACCUCUGAGUCAGGCAGGGGGCGUGGGUGCCGAAUUCCAUUAGUAGGGAAAUGCCCAGUGGAUUUAGCCCGAGAGUCACAUUUCUUAUUUGGACCAGUAUAGACAGAAACAAACCCAGCUCACUUGUUUCCCGGGACAGUUGAGUUAGGGGAUGGCUUUCACAGAGCAUUCACCGCUGACCCCUCGCCGCCGGGACCUCUGUAGCCGCUCUGUCUGGCUAGCAAGGAAGAUCCGUUCAGACCUGACUGCUCUUAUGGAAUCUUAUGUGAAGCACCAAGGUCUGAACGAGAACGUGAACCUGGACUCUGUGCGUGGUGUGCCAGUGGCAAGCACUGAUCGGUGGAGCGAGCUUAGUGAGGCAGAGCGACUCCAAGAGAACCUCCAAGCUUACCGUACCUUCCAUGUUAUGUUGGCCAGAAUGUUAGAAGACCAACGGGUGCAUUUUACUCCAGCUGAAGAUGACUUCCAUCAAGCAAUACAUACCAUUCUCCUCCAAGUCGCUGCCUUUGCUUACCAGCUGGAAGAAUUAAUGGUGCUCCUGGAACACAAGAUCCCUUCCAGUGAGGCUGAUGGGAUGCCCCUUAUUGUUGGAGAUGGUGGUCUCUUUGAGAAGAAGCUGUGGGGCCUAAAGGUGCUGCAAGAGCUUUCACAGUGGACAGUGAGGUCCGUCCAUGACCUUCGAGUCCUUUCAUCUUGUCAAACUGGGAUCCCAGGACGUGGGGGCCAUUAUACUGCUAAGGACAAGAAAAUGUAGCGUUACCCCUCUCUCUCUCUCUUACUUGCUUUCUCCUCUAGUGGAAUAUAUAUAGUUUUCUGAGGCCUCACUUUCCCAUUCUUAGUUUUGAAAACCUUUAAAACCACAGGCAUUUUCAUCAGCUAGGGUUGGAGACAUGGACAAAAGGGCCUACAGGUUUAGUCUGGGGGGGAGGGAUGUGUGAGUGAGUGAGUGUGUGUGUGUGUGUGUGUGUGUGUGUGUGUGUGUGUGUGUGUGUCUGUGUGUGUUGGGGCCAUAAGGGAGUGGGGGCAGGGACAACAUCCUUCCACCUCAGUGCUGUGAUCUUUCCUACCCACUAAAUAACCUUUACAGGCAUUUAACAGCCUCCCAUAUACUUUUAACUUUAGUCCUGGAUGACUCUUCUGAGAAGACUGAAAUAGUGAAUUAAAAAUCAUGGACUCUAGUCAAUUCAAACUCUUGGAUAAUAAAAACAGUAACUAACAUUUAUUGAGUAUCUACUAUAUUGAAGCAAUAUGUCAGGAGUUUUCUGUAUAUCAUAAUUUUCACAACCCUGCUGAGGGAGGUGGUGUUAUUUCCAUUUGGCAGAUGAGAAAACAGGCUCACAGAAAUUUAUAACUCGUUCAAGGUUACCCAUCUAGCCAAUGGCACCCUGAGUUUGAACCCAGAUCUUUCUCAUUCCAAAGCCUAGUGCCCUUCACUUUAAGGGCCUGAUUAUGAACGUCUAUCACUGCACCUCUUUGCUGCAGAGAGUUGGAAAAUGUAUCCAUGUAAUCUAUCCCCAGCACUGAAAAAGCAACCCCCAACUGUGUCCUGAUAAUGUUAAAGGCAGUAUUUGUUGCCCAUAUUUGGCAAAGAAGAGAGCAGUGGAGAUCUUAAGAUUAGUCCACCAGACUUUUGAACUUUGGAAGCUGGGAGUGUGCAGUCAUACAGGUUGCUUUCAAGUAUCCACUAAUGUUCUUGAGUUUGGGGUUGGGGACAGCUUACCAGGUUACCUCACAUUUAUUGUAAUCAGCAGUGCAGUGAUACAGGCACUGUAACCCGGGCAUUCACGGGCAAUGGGUAGAAUACUCAGGUUAAAAAGUCACAGAACUCCUUCACCAGACAGAGUCUCUGGACUUAGUCAUGAGCAGAGGAUGAGGCCCACUCUGUUCCCAGUGGGAAUGCCAGUGAUUCUGAAACAAUACAGAGCAAAGCCUCCAUGCUUCAGAACAAAGGGCACAGUUCUGCAUUUAACGUUCUUGAGAGAAACGGUAUGAAAAGCACCAACUAGUAAAUGUGGGCAUUAAUGUAAAAGGUCAUUUACAGUCAGGCCUAUGAACUCGUGGUGCAAAUGGGAAUCCAGAAGUUCUCAGGUGUAUCAUUUAUUUCACGCUACCAAUCAAUUCAAACUCAAGGUCUUGGGUGGGGGGCCCAAAUCAAUUUGGUUCACGUAUUUGAGGCUUCUAUAUUCUUAAAAGGACCAUGAGGCAGAGGGGGCUAGCUGCCAUAGCUUGUGUCCUUUCCUGCAUGGGUUUAUGUCCAAAACUCCAUGAAGUCAAUAUUCUGAGAGGGCUCUGGGUGAGGCAAGGUGGCAAAACAGGGGAGGUCCGGCCCUGCUCCCCAGGAUGCAUCUGUGGAAAUGGUAGGCAUACAGGAGAUCAAUACUAUUGGUAGACCUGAAUCGUAGGAUGGGUUUAAGCGGUAUGGAGUUGAAGGAGAUCAGUGAGGGCCAGAACCGCUUCCUGGAGGAGGGAGGAGUUCAGUUGUGUCUCAGAGGUUGGCUGAGUACCAAACAAAGAGAAAAGUCAUGAGGGGAGAAAUAGAGAAGAGUUGCCCGGUUAGAAGAAAAUGAGGCAAUAAUAAACAUUUGGGUCCACUACCACUAGAAGUUUAUCGUUUUGUUUUGUUUGUAAUUUUGGUAAUGGUAAAAAUUUUGCAGUGAAUGCAUAGAGGCUUAUUUCAUUCGAGCUUUUCCUUGUUUGAGUUGUUACUUGUGCUUAAGAGCAGUAUUUUGAUUGGUAAACUACUUGCUUAUUAAUGUGAAGCACUUAGAUUUAUCUGUAUAGUACUUUUAGGCUUUUUUAUUUAAGGAAGAAAGGCGCGACUCAAAUUUCUUUUUUUUUUAAUAAAUUUAUUAUAUUUAUUUUAUUUUUGGCUGUGUUGUGUCUUCGUCGCGGUGCGCGGGCUUCUCAUUGCGGUGGCUUCUCUUGUCGCGGAGCACGGGCUCUAGGUGCGCGGGAUUCAGUGGUUGUGGCACACGGGCUUAGUUGCUCUGCAGCAUGUGGGAUCUUAGCCAUAAUAACAAAGACAUAAACGUGUGGCUCUGAGUUUGUAGACUUUGCAUCAUGCUCAUCUAAAAUGGAUGAAGCAAACUGAAUAAGGGACUGACAAUAGGCCAUAUACAUAUAACUCUAUAUAUUAAUAAGGUCUUAAAAGGCAUAAAUUUAGUUCCCAUCCCCUAACUCUUAUUUCAUAAAGGGGAUUCCUUCUAUCCCACUCCCUCCAGAAAAGUCUCCUCUAUGGGGAGAGAUUCAGUUCUCCUGAAUCUGUCAAGGAAUUGUAUGUAUGAGAGUUGAUAAAUACUUCACGCAUUGAUUUACAAGGAUAAUUUGGGAAAGACUUGCAAAUUAGCACAAACUGAAAGUCCAAGCAUGGAAUAAAAUUGACUUUAAGACAAUCAGGUUUUGAGGGAAGUGAGAAUUUUAAUAAAAAUGGAAAGUGUCAGGUCAUAGUCCUGGAAUUGCUGUUAUUUCAUGCUGCUGUGGAUUAAAGCCCAAUGGAUGACUCACUGUUGUGACCGCUGGUCAGAGAGGGAGAGGACAAGUAAAUAUUUGUGGGAGACAUACCUGACAAAUUGUUUAGAAUGACUUCUGUUUGUGAAUCCUCAACUCCUCAUGAAGUAGCUGAGCAACUUCUCCUAUUGAGUAAAAUAGAAAUGCAGGACGCAGAGGGGCCUCCAGCAGAAUGAGAAAGGGAUUGGUGAAGAGGAAAAGGAAAAAAAAAAAGUUUUUGGAUAUCACUUGAAUUGAUUUAUCUGUGUGGGAGUGUGUGUGUGUGUUACCAAAAAUGUUUAGGCCAGGACAUUUUAAAAGGGUAGUUUGUCCUCCUGCCUCAUCCUACCUCAGCUUCAAGCAUCAGACCCAAGAAUGAACCUUCUGAAUGUUGGUACAUUUAAAAAGUGAAAAUGAUAAAAAUGUCAUUGUUUCAUUCAAAAGCUUCUAUAGAGCUCUAAGGUCUACAGAUAAAGAUGGAGUAAACAUAUAAUUUGAUCUUUUGAUGAGACUGUGGGGUGUGAGAUAAGAAAAUCCAUGUGCAUGUGAUUCUUUAUAUAAUAGAUUACUUUGAUCGGUCUGUUUUUGGCAGAUAGAUGCAAGAAUGAAAGAAUAAAGGAUUCAGUAAUGGCUAACAAUAAAGAUUUUGCCUCAGCAA